CCAAGAAUAGCAACAGCUCUUAUCUUAUCAAGAAUUGGAUAUUUGAAAUAAUCACAAUGGGAUGGUUUUGGGCUUCACCUUCUGGUGGGCACACUCCCACCGCGCAGACCCAAGUUGCUCCAUCAAAUUCGCGCCAGUCCACAUGCCCGGUAAUGCAUAGUACACCCGAUCAGAACCAGUCCCAAUCCUCAUGUCCCGUUCGCGCAUCUGACUCCCCCUUCUACGUCGCUCCGUCGUCCGCGAAAUCCGAUUCGCCUCCAUCUGCCUCAUAUCCAGACGAACAGCAAUCAACCCUUUCAAAGUUAAAUCCCUUGAAUUACAUGUUCUCGAAUAUCUCGCAAUCCCGCGCGCCUAACCAGUCCGUUGACUUGCCCGUUGAGCGAGAGCUCUCUUCGAUUCCUCGUGCUGAUGGCGCAGGCGGGAACUGGGAGUAUCCCUCCCCGCAACAGAUGUAUAACGCCAUGCUGCGUAAGGGAUACACAGACACACCGCAGCAUGCGGUCGAAGCGAUGGUUGCGGUGCAUAAUUUUUUGAAUGAGGGUGCAUGGGAAGAGAUUGUGCAGUGGGAGAAUACGUUUUCCAAUGGGUUGAAGAGUGGGUGGGACAAAUGUCGGCGUGGUUCGGAGAAUUUGGAGACGGAGUUGGAGAAGGAGAGAGUCCUGGGGGUAUCAGCUGAGCAACCGAAGUUGGUGAGGUUUAUGGGACGGCCGCAGGAGAGGACGCCUAAGGCUUCGAUCUUGCAGUUGUUGGGAUGGGUGUAUCCAGCGAAGUUUGGCACUCCUCCGCCAUUCGAUCGUCAUGACUGGUACGUCUUGCGCAACACGCCGUGGGGACCGAAAGAGGUUCGCUACGUGAUUGAUUAUUACUCUGGUCCACCUGAGCCAACUGGCGAGCCGGUGUUCUACCUCGAUAUCCGACCCGCUCUUGAUUCACCUACCGCUGCUGUCGAGCGAUUAAUGAAAUGGGGCGGCGAUGUAUGGUGGAGAGCUAGCGGAGGCUCCGUAAGAGAGUCACACUAAAAGAAAUCUCAAAUAUAUACCCAACUUUCGAUCAUGAUUGUAAGCCCGAUAAAUCAUUCUCAGGGCUUCAAAGCACAAGAGCAAAAUGGGGUACGGUGUCUUAGCCUUGGGUCUUUGGAUCUCAUUUUUGUAUUUUCUUUCCCUCCAUUGUCUUAAUAGUGUGACGUUUCUAUUUUGUCAGAGGCAUGCCAUUUGACCUCUCGGAGCUUUCAUAUUUGCCUCUCUAUCUUUCUCAGGCCGGAUCAAAACAAGCCUGACUUGGAGUUUUCGCAGUGGUUGAAGGGAAUGGGUGCAUAAUGAUGACCGUCAGGCCUGGUUCUCCUCUCUCAGUUCUUUUCUUGUUUGUAUAGGUAUAUAUGUUAUCCAUUUGUCCCCAAGUAAUGUUACAUUAAGCCAUAAG